GGUGACUUUUCAAGAGCGUCCAAACACGCAACUCAUACGACGUCCCUUCACCGUAGUGGGAUUCGUAAACUCGCGCUCUGGACUCACUGGUUGAAAUCCAGCUGCUUGCACGAGACCAAGUCAGCUCUACACGCACAGCGCCCACAACAUGGCUGGGAAGAUCCAGACUCUUACUAUGGAGGAGAGGGAGCACCUCCUGCCCAUGAUGAGGAACGCUCAGUGGGUGGAGGUGGUGGGGAGGGAUGCCAUUUACAAAGAGUUCCUCUUCAAAGACUUCAACCAGGCUUUUGGAUUCAUGUCCAGAGUAGCAUUACAGGCUGAGAAAAUGGAUCAUCACCCUGAAUGGUUUAAUGUGUAUAAUAAGGUUCAGAUCACCCUCAGUACUCAUGAAUGUGGAGGACUCUCACAACGGGACAUCACCCUCGCAACUUUCAUAGAUCAGGCCUCUGUCCUCUGAAUAGACCCUCUCACUUGAAAAACUUGUCAGUCAACCUCUGUAGCCUGUAAAACUGGACCAAAAAUAUUGUGAAACUUCCUUUACUACAGGCUUGACUGUGUAGCCUGCCUGUUAAGCCUGAUAUUUUCCCAAAAAGUAUUAAUGGAACAAUAUAUUUUUUUUAUUAUUUUACAUUCACAAUACAUUAAUGCACUACAGAUCAGAGAUGAGAACUGCUAGGACACUAAAGAGACCGGUCAAGCCAUA